ACGCUGGCCGUGGCCGCCGCCCACGACGUCCGCGCGUGGGUCAACACCCUGCCUCUCGAGCGCGUCAACGAUGGCAUCCAGAUGGUGCGAGACAACAAGGCCCGGUACCGCGUCGUGCUCACCACUCAGCCCAACGCCGACUCCAGCUGA